CGUAUUAGAGCGAAAAACAUCAGCAGACAACGACGGAGAAAAGCUUGUGUUUUUCCUUGGAAAGAUUUUCACCCAUUAAAAAUUCAGUGUUUGCCUUUAAUAGUUUUUCGCCGCCGCACACAGCAGGUAAGCAAUGGGGAAUGCGGGCAGUAAUCUCCCUCGGGAGCGCCACAAAUCGGGUUCGCACGAUCACAUUCCGGGAUCUCCGCUCAAGGACGGUCAGGCGUUUGUGUUCGACAAGAAACCGGACCCAAACCAUCGGCUGGUGUUCCAACGGAGCGAGGACGACGCAGAACCGUACUAUUCAAAAUCGGUUCCGGAGCCGGAAUUCGUUCGGGAGUUCAGGAAGCGUUCGAACACCGUAUCCGACGAUUCUUCGAUCGGUGUGGGAGGAGGGGGUGUGGGUGGCCAUCCGGUGAUUGAGCCGGAUGAAUAUGAUAAGGAAGAUGAAAAGACCGCGCUUCCGACGGUGUUCAAGUGGGAAGGUGGUGGCAAGCAGGUUUACAUCAGUGGAACCUUUUCCGAGUGGAAGGCACUGCCGAUGGUUAAGAGCCAUGGAGAUUUUGUGACGAUCAUCGAUUUGCCGGAAGGAGACCAUCAGUACAAGUUUUGCGUCGAUGGGGAAUGGAAGCACGAUCCGAGAUUGAAAAAUGUGGAAAACGAAGUCGGAACCAAGAAUAAUCUGGUAUCGGUCCGUCAGUCGGAUUUCGAAGUCUUCCAAGCGCUGGCUAAAGACAGCGAGGAUACUGGCAAGGAUGAAGCGAAGGAAUACGGGCAGGAUAUUCCGACCACCAGACCGUGGGGCAAGGAAUCGGGCCCACCGGUGUUGCCUCCGCAUCUACUGCAGGUCAUUCUAAACAAGGAUACGCCACUUUCGUGUGAACCGACAUUACUACCGGAGCCGAAUCACGUUAUGUUGAACCAUCUGUACGCAUUGUCGAUCAAGGAUGGAGUGAUGGUUCUCAGCGCAACGCAUCGCUACCGGAAGAAGUACGUAACAACGCUGCUGUACAAGCCGAUUUAGUAACGUCGUGCAAAUGUUGAUACCAAAUUAAUCGACCAUUAUUGCAUGUCUGCGUGCCGUGCUUGAGAUUUAAAGAUACCCACAUAAUUGGCUUUUAUUUUGUUGCAACAUCCUUCUUCUUGCCUUCCUUGCGCGGUUUACGUUCUCAACAUAAGAAUCUAGAACAGGUCGAAAAACAAAAAGUGAAAUACAUGCAAAGUAGUUCUAUUCUGAUAGAAGUUAGAGGUAAGAUUUUUAAAACAAUGAUUCAAAUGAUGAUUUCUCAGAAAAAAAAAAAUAAGCAAAAAGUAUAUGGUGGCAUAGAGGUGACCGAAAUUUAGAACAACAAAGAAUAUAGAUGAGUAAUUAGUUGUUCAAUAUUUACAAUGAAUGUAAAUAAAUUAUUACUGCUAA